AUCACAGCCCUUUUCUGUUUGUUUGUUCAAGACUGAACGAGCAUAUUCCUUUUGUGGAACUAUUGAAUACAUGGCACCGGAUAUCGUCCAAGGGGGAGACUCCGGACAUGACAAGGCAGUUGACUGGUGGAGUCUGGGUGUCCUCAUGUAUGAGCUACUCACUGGAGCAUCGCCUUUCACUGUCGAUGGAGAAAAAAACUCCCAAGCGGAGAUCUCCAGGAGAAUACUAAAAAGUGAGCCUCCAUAUCCCCAAGAAAUGAGUGCAUUAGCAAAAGACCUCAUUCAGCACCUUCUGAUGAAGGACCCCAAGAAGAGGCUGGGAUGUGGCCCACGUGAUGCGGAUGAGAUCAAAGAGCACCUGUUCUUCCAGAAAAUAAAUUGGGAAGAUUUAGCUGCCAAGAAAGUGCCAGCGCCGUUUAAGCCAGUCAUCCGUGACGAGCUGGACGUGAGCAACUUCGCGGAGGAGUUCACGGAGAUGGACCCUACCUACUCCCCAGCGGCCCUGCCCCAAAGCUGUGAGAGGCUGUUCCAGGGCUACUCUUUUGUCGCUCCUUCCAUCUUGUUCAAGCGCAACGCUGCUGUCACAGACCCUCUUCAGUUCCAUGUGGGAGUUGAACGUCCCGGGGUGAUGAACGUCGCCAGGAGCGCAAUGCUGAAGGACUCCCCAUUCUACCAGCACUACGACCUGGAUCUGAGUGACAGGCCACUAGGAGAAGGGAGCUUCUCCAUCUGCCGAAAAUGCAUCCACAAGAAAAGCAGCCAGGCCUUUGCAGUGAAAAUCAUCAGCCGGAGGCUGGAGGCCAGCACUCAGAAAGAGAUAGCAGCCCUGAAGCUCUGUGAAGGACACCCCAACAUUGUGAAGCUGUAUGAAGUGUUUCAUGACCAGCUCCACACGUUCCUGGUGAUGGAGCUCCUGAAUGGGGGAGAGCUGUUUGAACGCAUCAAGAGGAAGAAGCACUUCAGUGAGACAGAGGCCAGCGGCAUCAUGCGCAAGCUCGUGUCGGCCGUGAGCCACAUGCAUGACGUGGGCGUGGUGCACCGGGACCUGAAGCCCGAGAACUUAUUGUUCACCGACGAGAAUGACAGUUUGGAGAUCAAGAUCAUAGAUUUCGGGUUCGCCCGCCUAAAGCCGCCUGACAACCAACCCCUCAAGACGCCCUGCUUCACUCUGCACUAUGCAGCCCCAGAGCUCCUGGACCACGGAGGCUACGAUGAGUCCUGUGACCUGUGGAGCCUGGGCGUCAUCUUGUACACCAUGCUGUCGGGGCAGGUCCCCUUCCAGUCUGAUGACGGGAAUCUGACAUGCACCAGUGCCGUGGAAAUCAUGAAGAAAAUUAAAAAGGGUGACUUCUCCUUUGAAGGAGAGGCAUGGAAGAACGUAUCCCAAGAGGCUAAAGAUCUGAUCCAAGGGCUUCUCACAGUCGAUCCAAACAAAAGGCUAAAGAUGUCUGGCCUGCGGUACAACGAGUGGCUCCAGGAUGGUGGCCAACUGUCUUCUACCCCUCUGAUGACCCCAGAUGUCCUGGGCUCCUCAGGCGCUGCUGUGCACACCUGCGUGAAGGCCACCUUCCACGCCUUUAACAAGUACAGGAGAGAGGGCUUCUGCCUACAGAAUGUCGAUAAGGCACCUCUGGCCAAGAGGAGGAAGAUGAAGAGGACCAGCACCAGCACCGAGACACGCAGCAGCUCCAGUGAGAGCUCCCACUCAUCGUCCUCCCAUUCCCACGGGAAGACCACGCCCCCUGCGGCACUGCAGCCCGGUCCCCCAGCUGACAGCAGCAACCCUGAGCCACUGUUCCAGUUCUCAGACUGAGCAGGGAGUGGAAGGAGUGCAAUCAGAGCGUCACACCUCCCAUUCCCUCAGCACGGGCUGUGUUCUCAGAAGUGUGUCCCGUGGUUCUCCUGAAAUCUGCCUCUUAGUGAAUUUUUCAGGAAUACCUGUUGGGUUAUCCUUAUUCAAAGCACUGGACAAACGUUACUGUGAACAGAGCACGUGUUCUUUUUUGCCACCUAUCAUGGGGCCCUUGGAAGAGCCAGGGUUUCUGUAAAUUAACAGGGUCUCUGAUGUCUGCUAACGAGAGAUGGCCUGUGUGGGAUGACACCUUUUGCUUUGCCUUGGGGGCAGUGUGGGUUUCGAAGAGAUUCACACCCUUGGGACAGGGAUUUAUCAGAGAAAAAGGUCGGUUUUCAAAAAGAUUCUGUAAUGAAUUUUAUGUGUGGCAUAUACUUAUUUCUUGAGAGAUUUUAACUUAUUGUUUUUAUUUUAUGGUUACAUAUGAUGUUAACCUGCUAUUAUUAAUCUUUUCCUAAAAAGUAACAUAAAAGAUAGAAGAAUUUGGUCCCUUCUCUGGGUCUGGGACCCCUCUGAGAUGCAUGCUGAGCUACAUGUGUUUUUAAUUUUGCACUGCCCUUUCCUGGCAAUUUGUUUUAAUGGUUACUACAAAAUAAGGUACAUGUUUCCCUGUUUUAAGUAACAUCGCACUUUAUAAAAGAGUAUGGAUGCAGCAAACUGUUUUAUAAAGAGCAUUGUUUAUGUACUGUACGUACCAUUUUUCAUUCUGUACUUUCAGUCUGUCCUCACCCCUCUGCCCUGUGCAUGAGAAACAGAGGGCAUGUUGUGCGUGUGGUCAGCCACACGCUCUGUGAGGAGCCAAAGGGAACGAUCCUGACACUGUGCUCCCUGUACACUGUGCCCAUCGCAGCGAGGACUUCCUCCUGGGUCGUAGCUGAUGUACAUAGACUUUUAGACUCAGACCUUGACUCGUUUGGAAACUUUUCUGUUAAAUUUUAAAUUCAGAAAUCAUAUUUUAUAAACUUAUACAGAGCACUUUUACUGCUCAAAAGUUCUGAAUUCAUUCAGAAAACAAGUGCUAUGUGAUGAUGACAUUUCAUUAAAAGAUUGCUGCAUUUAAAAAUUCAAUUAAUUCAUUCCCUAUGCAAAAAAAAGUGAUAGGAUUUGUAUGUUAUAUUUUCUUUUAAAGCCAUCAUGUGAACUGUCAGGACUGAGAAAAGUGAGUUUUGCUGUGUUUACAGGAAUUGUACUUCAAGAGAUAGUGCCCAGCACGUUUAUUUUACAGUUUUUGUUGGUGAUAACUCUUGAGCAUUAUUUGUUUGAAAUUUGGAAAUAUUUAUUUAUUCCUACCUUGAGGUAAUAGCAGCAUUAACUUCAAUCAGUUAUGAAUACUAAAAACAUUGCACUCUAUGUAAUAUCAGUGUAUUUAUUACUAAAUCAAUGUAUAUAUUAAUAGCACAGACAAAAAAUGGCAAAUAUUAAAAUAUUUUCAAAAUAUUAUAUCACCCUGGUCACAUUUUUGUCCACAGGGAUUACUGGGAUAACUUUUUAUCCUCUUCACUGGCCCAGAUGACUGCAUGGUUCUCACUGAGUCAGUGAAAGCUUUUUGCUCCCAA